AUGCACCUGCAGCUCUCCUCUCCUCCUCACAGCAGCACCUUCACACUCUCGAAGAGACUCGCUGAAGAAGCCGACCUGAGCUCAGAUCCCACGAAGAAACAGAGACAUGGCCUCUCGAGUUGCAGCUCUGUUCUUGCUGGUUGUCGUCUGCACUGGGUUUGCAGCAGCUGAGAUUGCAGUGGACUGCUGUCUGAGCACCACUGUCAAGCUUUUUCCACUGAUCAGGAUUGAAAGCUACAUCAUUCAGGAGGCCGGGAACGGUUGUGAGAUCAGCGCUACUGCUUUCCAUACAAAGGGUGGCAGAAUUGUCUGUGUCGUCCAUCCUGAGGAUCCAAGGACAGAAGCCAAAUGGGUGAAAUCCCACAUUAACUAUUUGAAUAGCAAGAAAGCAGCACAGUGAUGAGGUGCAGGGACGAGUGGUCUCUGGGAAAAGAUGGCUGAAGAUCAAGGAGAGCUGAGCUGAGGACAGGAGCCAGAUUUAUGUCCAUCUCUGCUCAGAGUCUCAGAAUGACCAUGUUGUGCUGCAGAUGUUCAAAACAGUUGGAAUAAUCAUUUCAUCUCUUUUGUGAUAUCUUAUAUGAGCCUUCGUGCCAGUGACUUCAGACGCUGGUUACAUGUACAGUUCUUUAUUUGUUUCUACUCAUUACUGUAAAACUGAAUCUGAGCAUCUGUGAAUGGCUCCUCUUUUCUUUUCAUUAUCCCUGUGAAUGCUGUCAGUGAGAGUAAAAGCCUGUGUUUAUUUUUUAUCAUAAUACUGUAAGGUGUUGAAUUGAAUUUACAGCUGUGUACUUUGUACAAAAUGUUGGGAUGAAUUGUGUACAUCAAAAUUAUUGUUGAGAGUUAUUUUAAAAUAAAGUUUUAUAUUAUUUUCUAA